AUGCCCGUCCCACCGCCUCGGCCUAGGAUAUUUCGAUGGGCCAAAUUCAACCUCGAAGCCCUCCUGAUGCUCGCAGAAAAACUUCGAGGUCGAUCAUGUACCUGCGAUGAGUCCCAGGUCCCCAAGAGCGGUAGCUUGAACUGGGUUAUAUUCAUCACCUUUGACGAUGCGGUUGAAUGGGUGUUUCGGUCACCGCGCUACGAUAUACUUAUGUUCUCAGACGAAACCGCCUCCAAGAUACUCAUAAGUGAAGCGAGUAGGAUGCAACUAAGCAGGACAAGGAAGUUCUAUAAUGACAUGAAAUUCAGUGGUACUCACGAAAAUGACAUCGGAAUACCAUAUAUUCUUCAGAGCAAAGCUUCUGGCCGCCCCUUGUCCGAUUAUCGUUGGACAGAACCUUCAGUCCAGCCUCCGAAUAUCAGACAUCCCAUAUCUCAGCUCCCACUCUCAGAGUCAGACCGCGAGAGAAUCAUGAAUCAGCUUGGUGCCAUCAUGUAUCGCCUUUCAAGGGUCCAUUUCAAUAAGAUUGGAUCGUUGUUUGAAGAUGAUACCGGUGGCUUUUCGGUUGGUGAAUGUCUAUCCCCUGUUCUCACCUGGCAAUCAAGGGACUCCCUCGAGAAAGAAAUCGAACGGGGUCCUUUUACAGAAGAACCUGUAUACCUUCGGUCUUUGAUAUCAGCUUUUACUUCUCACGCAGAGGAGCUACCACUGACACCGUAUUUAUUCUUCUCGCCACUACCCAGACCAGCUGACUAUUCGACAUGGGACAGCUUUCGGGCAGCUACCGAUAGAAGGGGUGACUUCAUAGUCAUUGGCGAUAAACUCGAGGGUAGUAAGAAUCGACUGGACUACUGCAUCGCAGGUCAGAUACUAGAAGAAAUGAUACCACGACUGUCAUCAGAUUCGACUGGUUUCACGUUAUCACACCCUGACCUCCACACCGGAAAUAUAUUUGUCGAUGAAGAUCUAAAUAUCACAUGCAUUAUCGAUUGGGGUUCUGCAACAACAUGUCCCGUGACUGAGCUGUUAGCGACUCCAGGGCUCGAAGGUUCCUCGAAACCACCUUCAGUAGCUCUCACAGCUGCCUUCCAGGCCGGUUUUUCUCAAGAACCCCCAAACAUCAGCCGAGGUAUGUGGGAGAGAGCCGAGAUGAUAUGGUAUUUUUCUCGCCUGGUACGUCUUCUGACCGGUCAGGAUCUUCCCCUGUUCCGAAGACUGUAUGAUCUUGUUUAUAAGACCAAUGUUGUAAAUCCAUCGGACUCAAGAGAUUAUGGAUGGCUAUUUUAUCAGCGGGCAACGACCGCAAGUAACAAACAGCUUCUAUCCAGGCUGAAGGAAGAUGAUUUUACAGAUGAAGAAAUGAAAACGCGUGAAAAAGACGUCUUCUACGGAGACGAAGUGGACAGGUUGGCUGUAGCUAGGAAGCUGACGCUAAUGUCUGAAAUGAACCCGGGGUUUAUUGGAGACAGGCGACUAUGGCUGUGGAUUGAAGAGGCCCUAAAAGAACCUGUGUAUGAUAAUGACAAUGGAAAAUGA